AUGACGACCUCCUUCCUGCCAAAGGACACCAGUGACCUGCAGCACUUGAGCCAGGGACAACUGGAUACUGAGAUGGACCAGCUGAUGGCGAACGAUCCAACGCAGAGUUACACCCACAAAGAACUUGCCAGGAUCACAGGGACCCUAGCUCACCUCCUCAUCGCCCAGAGUCGUCUAGAUAAGCUACUUCUCGAGACCCAAGACCAGCACGAGAAAGAGAACGCUACAGAUCCAGAACUACAGAAAGAAGUGGAAAGACUUCAAAAUGCCCUGGAGAAUCUUCAUCUGGACACAGACCAAAGAGAACAUUUGGAGAGAGAAACCCGAGAGAGACUCGAGGCAAAGCUCCGACAAGGUGACGCUCUCCUUGAAAGGGCUGAAAUCGAACUGAAAGAAAGAGAUGCUAAAGUGAAGGCCUAUGAAAAUCACCUGGAAAUGGCCCGAGCUGAAAUCCACGACCUUACACAGCGUAAAGACUCUCUAAUAGAUGAACUUGACAUGGUUCACAGAGAACUGAAACAUUCUUAUAGCCUGCAACGGGUUCGCCUCCACGAACCCCUGUCAGCAGUGGGGGAAGGAAAACCCUUCCAGAAAGUCCGGGUCACCAGCCACGGACACAUAACUCCAAAAGAACUGGACAAGCUAGCUAGAAACAUCCCUACGUUCAACCCAGAUCCUGCAGGAGGCCACGACAUUCACGCUUAUUUACAAGAUAUAGACUUUCACUUGCAAACUGUCACCAACGUAACCACUUGGGACAAAUUGUACCUGCUCAGAAUUACGUCCAGUCGUGAGGUACGCAGUUUCUUAGACCGUCAACCAGAGACUGUCAAAAUGGACUACCAGCAACUGCGAAAAGCUUUGGUGCGUGAAUUCUCUGAUCCAGAAUCAGACCAAGGGCUAGUAACCGCAAUGGACCUCAAGCAAGGUCGACUUGAAACCCCACCAAAUUUCUACAACCGACUGCGACGUGCCUACUUCGGAGCAAGGAAUGAACCAGGCAUGGAGGAAGACGUCAACUUCCGAACUUUGUUUCUGCGAAACCUCCAUCCUACUGUCAGCCACCAUUUGGGAGUGUUAGCGUGCCCGCGUAGCAUGUCAACGCAACAAUUACGUGAUUUAGCACAUAAGGCGUACACCAAACAAAAGACUGUGUCAGAAAAGACUGUAAAGCACCCAACUAUUUGCUCUGUCUCUGAGUCCCAUUCAGAGUUGACCCUAGAGGGCGCCCAACAGCACCCCAGUUAUACACCCAUCAACCGAGAGUCAAGACCGUUCCAAGCCAGCAGAGGGCAGCGCGGUCGCGGUGGUGGUGCCCGUCCGAAGCACCAGAACGACCGCUCUGGAAUAUCCUGGGACCGGCCUCGCCCCUCCCAUAACCAAAAGGGGGGGGCCACCUGGGAAGCCGGCCGGCGACCCAGAACUAGCCAACCUCCAGCCUCCAGAACACCAAGCCCAGGGAGGCGGGAGGGCGAACACUCUCGACGUGAUACUUGGAAACUCAAGGCUGAGCCCACAUCUAAAAAGGAAAGUGCAGCCACAUCCGAAGCUGCAGAACUUCUGAGAAUACUGAGAGAGUUCCUUCAACAGAAACCUCACAAGGAGGACAAGAAGGAUAAACCAGACACCGCAUGACUAAACCUUAUGCCUGAAACCAGCACCACUCCCAACGUCUCCACAACUGAACCAAGCACACAGAACACUGUUUGUCAACCACGAACUAUUGAACUAGCUGUUGCCUCAUCAAACAAUAGCAACACCCACUCAGUCCAGCUGACGUCUGCACCUCCUGACCAAGAAAGCAUCAUUCCACACACUGAGGUGCCAGAAAGUGCUGUUUUGGUUAUCUGUACCCACAACGAAACACACAAAACAUACCCUAACUGCUUAUCGAUCAACACACAAGCCCCAACACCAAAACUCCUGGGGAACCUGAUCGAGAAGGGAGUGGCUCGGAAACUCUACCUAACCAUCACUUUAGAAAAGGAAAUGAGACUCGAAGCCCUUGUGGACACAGGGUCAGACCUCACGUUGAUUUCGGCUCAACUAUUUAAUAAGCUCAAAUUUGAAGCUCAGAGACAGAAUCGAACUCUAAAUUUUCACACUUGCAAGCUGAAUGUGCAGUCAUACAGCCAAAAUGACAUCCAGCUC